AUGCCACGCAGUCUCGCGAAAGGUGACGCCCCUCCCGUCCCACCUACAUUAAACGAAGAAGCUUCUUGCUGCAGCAGUAGCGGAUGCAGCGCCAGAGGGGAGGGAGACCGGAUGACGUCAACCUCUUCCCGCAACGCACCCGCAGAAAGCGAAGACGGCCGGAAGAGCAGGCGAAAACCCGCAACGACGACAACCACCACGAAAACGCGCGGUGCCCCUCCAAGCAGCGCAGGCGUCGCGGGAGCACCAAGAGCGGCGGCAACGGCGGCGGCGCCCGCAACCGCAGCGGGGACACCGUCGCGCGGGCCGUCGCGGCAACGACGGCAGCGUCCGGCCGUGCCAUCGGCCUCUGGAAACCACCGGGGCGGUGACUCGGGCUUGGACUUGGACACGGACAGCAGCUUCGAGUACGAUGACUUGGACGACGUGUGGUCGGACGAGGAGGACGAGGAGGACGAUGAGGGCGAUGGGGGGUGGAGCGAUGACGACAACGAUGAGGACGACUGGGCCAGGGGUGCGGCCGGCGGCCCCGGCGGCGGGGGCAGGGCGGGCCGAAGGGCCCGGCGGGGGGGCGAGCCGCCGAAGGCGAGCAAGAUGGGGAGGGAGAGCGCGAUGAGCAUGUCGAGCAUGCGGGACCGGCUGAACAGGGCGCGGCAGCGCGCGAGCAGCGCGUACCGGGAGGCCAAGAGCCUCAUGUCGUCGGAGAUGGAAGGGGUGGUGUUGAAGGCCACGAGGCCGGACGACCUUCCCGUGAAGCCCAAGCACCUGGAGGCCCUCAUGAGGCCAACGGUGGAGAUGCCGAAGGAGUUCAACGUCUACCUGCCGGUGGUGAGAAAGCUGUGGUCGAAGAUGGCGGAUAAGGAAUGGAGGGUCUCGGCAAAGGCGCUGUACAUCCUGCAUCGCUUCGCGGCGGACGGCAGCAUCGAGCACGCCUCCAACCUCAAGGAGUCGGUGGCCGUGCUGAGGACGCACCACGACUCGCGGAGGAAGGUGAACUACUUCGACAUGGACACCAUCUGCGACGUCAAGGCGCCCUCGUGGUCCGGCGAGGACGUGGCUCCCAUGGCGGAGUUCUUGCAAGGGUACGCCGACUUCGUGCUGCGGAGGACGACUCAGUUCGGCCCGGGGUUCGCGGAGCUCUUGGAUGCCUUCACGAUGCUCCUCGGGGGAGGGGAGGUGAUGACGGCGGUGGCAGGGCUGGUGUCUGUGGGGUCGAAGUGCUGCCAUCUCCACGAGGAGCAAGAGGGCGCCAUAGCCGUGGCGGCGGUCGUGCAGGUGGCGCACGACAUUCGCGAUCUGGUGGAGGUCUGCGCCGCGCAACUUGACUACCUAGCGAGGGAGUGGAACGCACGGUCGGCCUACCGGGCGGAGGUGGACGAUUGGUAUGCCUUCCUCUAUGAGAACCAGCGGCCCGUGGAGGCGCUGAUAGACCGGGCCAACGAGCUCGCCGAGAGGCAUAAGCUGGUCGCGGUGCGCCCCCUGGCGGCGACGCCUCUCGUGCUCAAGCUGCGCGAAGAGGAAGUGGCGCUGGAAGAGCAGGCCGCACUGGAAGCAGAGAAAGAGCAGUACUCCUUGGACGAGGGAGAAGAGGAGGUAGAAGCGCUAGACCAACCCUUGACGGACGCCUACCAAAGGAGGCCCGCGGCGCUCGAAGCAGGCAAGAGACACGCGAGAGGCUUUAACAGCACCGCCCGCGGCGGCGGGGGCAGCAGCAGCGGGGGCGGUGGCGAAGGGGGAGUAGCGGGGACGACCAGCCGCCCGCAGCGAGACGCGCGAGCACGAGAGGAGUCCGUCCCGCCGCCGUCGGCCCCGGCUCCAGCAGCCGCGAGAGCGAGAGGAACAGACGCGAGUGGUCGGGGCGCCGACGCAAGACCGUCACCACCCGCUGACGUUGGCACCGGUCCUACACAGAAGAGGAGCGCUUCGUCUGGAGCUAGUAGUGGUACCGCGCGACGGCCGGCGGCGGCUCGGCGACCGCCAGGCGGGGGCUCGGCGACAGUAGAAGCGGCGAGGGCAAGGGGGCGAGAAGAGGCGGAAAGGGGCGGCGGUGGUGGUGUCAGGAAGACGGCGUGGGAAGGGGACGGUGGUGAAGGCGCCGUCGUGACGAACCGGGUCUCGAAACGAAGGCGUUCGUCGAGCAGCACCAAGGCGCGGCGAGGGGAGGGAGGGCGAGCAGGAGCGCCCGUGGUCAAGGGGGGUGCACGGCACGCUGCUGAUGAUGAUGAUGACGCGGGCUCGGCUCCCGCGAGUAGCAGUAGUACAAGUAGCCGACCACAGUCUUCUUCUGCCUCCAAGAAGAUGCGAAAAAGAAGCAAGCGGGAGUCUUUGGAAAACCCGCCGCGGUCGGGGUGA